AUGGCCUUCAAAAGCAAAAGCGUCAAGCGUUUCAGCGUUCGCAAUUUCCUCGCAGCGAUCCUUCACCCAUUCAUGUCAUCCCCAACUGACGCCCCUGGAGUGUUCACCCCGGCGGGCAAGCCUAGUCACAUCGACGUAGGACUUUGGCACUCGCUGCUCUUUACCAGCGAGCUUUCCGCACAAUGCAAGCUCGAACGCAUGGUCUACGGCAAAUGCACCAUCGAAUUUGAGCAUGAGUUUUUGCUCCUCCAUUUCCGUCAUCCAACGCAACACCACGCUGUCGCCAUCCUCACACUGGAGCGCACGUGUGCAGAAAACACCACUGGCUCAUCUAGAUCAGCCGGGCAGGCAGUCAUAGUCUCGCCAUCAGUAUCUCCAAUCACCGCUAAAGACACCAUCACCCCAACCACCAGCUCCAGCUUUACUAUCGAUUCAUACGUCACUCAGGAAUUUGGUCCGCAUAAGUAUCUUUUCGAACUUGAUUUUCCCGCUUCUGCUCGUCCGUCAGCGAUGCAGGUAUCCAUUCUGCUGUGCGUGCUCAACAAGCAUUCCCCAAUGUACGAGUUGUUGCAGUACCAAUGCUAUUGGUACGCGUACACUGUUUGGGAGGCACUCAAGAAGCUUUUUCCUGAGCACGUGGAGAGGCCUCUGAAUGAGGGGCGCUCUCGGUUUAAGGGGCAGCCUAUCAAGAAGGCCGAGAGUGUUAACACGGUGUGUGAGCAGUAUCGAGCCGAGUGGGCGCGGUUUGAGGAAGCGGCGGGAGAGAGGAGGAGGGCGAAGGAGGAGGAAGAGCGCCGGGUGAUAUUGGCGGAGGGACGGGCGCAACGUCAACCAGAGGUUGAUGACGAGAGGAGGCAACGAGAGGAAGCGGAGAGGAAAGCAAACGAGGCAGAGAAGAGAGCAGACGAAGAGAGGAGGCAAAGGGAGGAAGCUGAGGCUGAACUGAACCGAAUGCGAGCAAGAAUGGCGGAGCUCGAGCGCCGCGCCGCGUGAUACUGAUUUAACGAUUGCUUUUCCUCGUCAUCAACAUCCUCCUCACUAAUAGAUCCAAUUGCAAUGUACAUUGCCAUUAGAACAUAUCAGAAUUGUCUCCGACUCUCAAUCUGCAUGUAACUUUGACUCUGCAGGAGAACUUAAGGGUUUAC